GCUGCCUGUGGAGGAGGCAGCCAUCUCCUUGGCAUCAUGGCCUCCCUCAGACCUCUCAUGAAGCCAAAGAUCAUCAAAACGAUCAUUACCAAGAAGUCUAUCCAGCAAUAGUCAGACUGAUAUGUCAAAAUUAAAUGGAACUGGCAGAAGUCCGGGGGCAUUGACAAUAGGGUGCACAGAAGAUUCAGGGGCCAGAUAUUGAUGCGCACCAUUGGCUACCAGAGAAACAAAAAUACAAAGCACAUGCUGCCCAGUGGCUUCUUGAAGUUCCUGGUCCGCAAUGUAAAGGAGCUUAAAAAGCUGCUGAUGUGCAACAAGUCUUACUGUUGUGAGAUUGCUCAUGACGUCUCCUCCAAGAAUUGCAAAGCCAUUGUGGAAAGAGCAGCCCAGCUGGACAUCAGAGUCACCAGUCCCAAUGCUGGGUUGCCCAGCAAAGAAAAUGAAUAA